AUGAUGGUGGAUGCUCUGGUUUAUGAUCUGGAAGACAUUGUGCAUGUUGACUGGUCAACUGAAGACUCUCGUGCAUUGAAUGAACAUGUACAAACUAGUUUAGAUGUUGACGAUUCUGCCUUCACACCUCGGCUUCUGGCAUCAACUCCAAGCGAAAAUAGCCUGGCUAAUGCACCCACAGACUGCGAUGGAAUGGGCUCAAAUAGCAACUUCAAGGAUAAUGAAGCUAUUCAUGAUAAUGACAAGCAACUAACCAACAACCCAUUGCACAACUUGCUAAUAACGGCCAUGACUCAGUCUGCAAUGGAGCAAUUUGAACUUGUCACCUAUUGCGAACUGUUCCAAUCAGCCAGCGCAACAGAACAGGAUUCAUUCGACCCUUGCAUUAAACCGUUUAUUGAAAACGAUUCUGACAAGUCGCCUUUGCAUCAACAAACAACAUCCCCUGUUUUCAGUGCUUUACCAGAUGAUUUUCAAAGCUUAACCACACCUAGUGAAUAUGAGACUCUACCGUCCACGGCCCAUAGCAAUGAUACUAUGGAAUCAAACUCAUCGUUUGUACACGAUAUUGGUACUGACAUGACAUCCGUCUCGAGCAUUACUGAAAUGGAUAUCGAAGAGUUUGAAACAAACUCUGACAUGGAGUAUACCGAAUCCACUCUUGAACUAGUGAGUGCAGUGCAGACUGCUCAACUCGUGAAUGUUGAUACUAUUUCUGGGCCAGAUUGUGCUCCACUUGAAUGUUUAGAUGGUUGUGAUAUGAUGGCUGCGGUAAAUACAUGCGAUGCUUUUGCAGAGUCUAGCCAAGAUACAUGCAAAUCAAGCGCCAGUUCAUUCACGUAUGAACAUGCUGUCACUCCAACCAAAACAGUAAAUACUGCCGAAAAUUUGGUCCAUAAUGUCAAUCCGACCAUUGCUACGUGCUCUUCAAAAGUUGUAAAUAUGGCCCGCGAAAAACAAACUCGCCUUUUAUACUCUGUAGUUGCUGUGCUAGAAAUGAUAUCAUCCAAGGCUAGAUUUGCUUCAAGCGCCAUCAAUAACAUCAAAGAAGCAUUAAUAUACACUGUGGACCUCGUUGUGGCAGACACUGAUUUUGGCUAUUUUGUAUACAUGCUUGCUAUCUUGGUGAUCACGUUGUGUGUUAGCAAUGGGAAUUCUACUCUAAUGUUCAAAAAGCAUAUCACCAUUGAUGACAUGAAUUCAAUUGUUUCUUCAACCGAAUUUUCAGCAAAUAUGGAGGUUUUCAUAUGUGGCCAAAUUGCUGAUCCUGUAUGUUCUGCUGCUCUUUCUGCUCAACGACUCGAGUCGGUCCAAUUACCUCCAAAUGAUACUCACAAGGACACCGUUGAUACAAAGAUUUUCAAAUCGCACCAAUCGGCCAAUGUAGAUCCAGUAGACGUGUUUAGCAUAUAUCGUCCACGAAGAUUACGAGCAGCACCCACAGUGCCUGUGCUUUUAGAUGAAACCAACUCAUACCUUUAUGGUUUUGAUCAAGCUUUGAUGCCUAGUCACCGUGCUUCAUUCAAAAAAUCAGUCAUUAAACAAGCCAUGAUACUGGGAAAUUCAGUGAAAUGUGCUACCAAUGAUAUCAUUUCAAUGCUAGAAUCACUGCACCCUACUUUAAAAUCAUUUUUCCCCUUAUUGCCACCAUGUCAUUCCACUCAUGAGACAGACUACGUGAACCAACUCUCUGAUCAGGCUCAAUCUGGCACUACAUUUGAUGUGCAUCAAAAAUAUUCGACAUAUGGUGACCAAACUAUACAGAUCUUGGGCUUUAAAGUAUCAGCGGAAUCGGUUUUGGCAUUGGUACCAAUUUAUCUACAGAGCAAAGCGCUUUCCCAAUUUGUUAGGUCUCUAUUCAACGUAACUAGUCCUAUUAUUGAGCAAACACGAAGGAAAUUACUAACCAUCAAAGGAAAUUUCAAGGAUAAAGUAAUCAAGGUAUCUCGAAGAAUAGCUCAUAUGGUUCAACGUUUUGGUAUUUUAAUUUCCAUGCCAAAGUAGUUGCUGCGGUGUUUAUAAAUUCAAAAAUAUGACGGAUCCAAACAAGUAUCACUUUAGGAACAGUUUGAUUGUUUUGAAAGUGGCAAUAUUAGCCUUUAUUUAAACUUUAAACUGAUUGCAAUUAGGAAAUAAAAGGUUGAUAUUUU